AUGCUGUCACAAGUGGAGCAAGAUAUCCGGCGGAAGAUAGCUGUCGAGGAGAAUAUCAUUAAAGGAUCUUCUGCGCUUAAGAAGAAGACUGAUAAUGUUAUGGUUAUCCAGAAAUGUAACACGAACAUACGUGAAGCCCGUCAGAAUAUUGAGUAUCUUGAAGAGACCCUCAAGAAGUUGCAAUUGAGUCAGAGUCAGCAAGGUCAGACUGACAGCCAACAGCAGCAAGCCAAUGACGACAGUACUGUGACAGAGAUUGAUAGAGGCCAGGGCUACCGUCAGUUAUCGACAAUUGCUCCAGAAGAGCAUGUCUUUUCUCGGUUAGAUUUGGUAAAGUAUGAUUGUCCAUCUCUUGCGCAAAAGAUUCAGUACAUGUUGCAACAAUUGGAGUUCAAGUUGCAAGUCGAAAGACAAUACCAGGAAGCUAACAAUAAACUAACGAAACUGUACCAAAUUGAUGGUGAUCAACGCAGUAGUUCUGCUGCUGAAGGUGGCGCCUUGGAAUCCAAAAAUAGAGUCCAACUUCUUAAGAAAGCAUUAAAGAAAUAUCAGGCUAUAAAUGUUGACUUAGACCAGUACUAUAAGCAUCAUAAUGAUGAAUCCUUAAAAGACAUGCAGCCAAAGCUAAGGGAAAAACAAUUAACUGGUAUGCUAACAAUCGGAAUCACUGCGAUUAGAGAUGUGGAUCACAUUCAGUCGCCAUUGUUUGCUAGAAAUCCUGAAACUUUCAUAACUGUAAAGAUUGAUGAUGUUGUCAAAAGUAGAACUAAACCUUCCAGAAACGAUCGUUGGAAUGAAGAGUUCUCUAUAGAAGUUGACAAAGGUAACGAAAUUGAAAUUACAAUUUAUGAUAGAGUUAACGAAUCUGUGACUCCUGUAGCCGUGAUGUGGCUGUUACUAUCUGAUAUUGCAGAAGAGAUACGUAAGAAAAAAGUAGGAAAGACAAAUGGUCAAGGCUGGGUCCGUGCGGCAAGCAUUAAGUCACAGACUGUGCACAACAGUCAGGCAGUAGCAAAUAGAACAUAUGCAAGUGACUCCAGAACCACAUCUUUGAAUAAUAGUAACUCAGAUCUUAAUCAAGAUAUGUCAUUGUCUCCAACACAAGUAACAACUAAUGCAUGGUUUGUUCUUGAACCUGCUGGUCAGAUUUUAUUGACAUUGGGUUUCCAUAAAACUUCGCAACAUCAAAGAAAGAAUUUGGUAGGUGGUCUACAUAGACAUGGUGCAAUCAUUAACAGAAAGGAAGAAGUUUAUGAACAGCACGGUCAUCACUUUGUGCAAAAAUCAUUUUACAAUAUUAUGUGUUGUGCUUAUUGUGGUGACUUCUUGAGAUAUACUGGUUUCCAAUGUCAAGACUGUAAGUUUUUAUGUCACAAGAAAUGUUAUGGGAAUGUUGUUACUAAAUGUAUUUCAAAAGCAAGUACGGAAACUGAUCCAUCUGAAGCAAAAUUGAACCAUCAUAUUCCACACAGAUUUGAGCCCGUAUCUAAUAGAGGUACUAAGUGGUGUUGUCACUGUGGUUACAUUUUACCAUGGGGUAAACAAAAGGUCAGGAAAUGUACCGAAUGUGGUAUCAUGUGCCAUACACAAUGUGCACAUCUUGUUCCUGAUUUCUGCGGUAUGUCAAUGGAAAUGGCUAAUAAAAUCUUGAAAACUAUCGAAGAUACGAAGCGUACACAAGAAAAGAAAAAGAGAAAACCUCCUCAAACAAAUGCUUCUGCAUUAACCUCCACUUCAACCAUGAUUGGUAGUUCCGUUCAUGAUCGUUUGGAUUCAUCGCCAAGCAAGUCAAUGAAUGCAUCCAUUCCAUCUAUCCCAUCACCAAGAAAGCAUCCUUAUGCUGCUAAUCAAUAUCAUGAAAAGGCUGAAGAGCAUCAAAUGCAAAAUCAGAAUAGAUUGAACAACUAUAUCGAAGAUAAUGAAGCAUAUCUGAAGUUUACUUCUGGUGUUGGAGUUCCUGGAGCAUCGCAAGAUGUGAAGGCACAAAAUAUGAACGAUGCAUAUGUUGAUCAGUAUGGUCAUGAGUACCAGCAAGAUAACAACGACUCCCAACUGAAAGCAAGUGAGGAUGAACUGGAAUUAUGGAAGCAACAUAGAGAGAGAAUGGAGAGAGAGCUUCAACAAGAGCAGCAAAUGCAGAUGAGCUAUGAUAAUAAUGCUGAAGGUCAGAUAGAUUUGUAUACUAAACAAGCAUCAGGUGAUGUAAAUAUGUUGCCUGCAGUCGACGAGACAGUAUCAUCACAUAACAAUCCAUUCAGAGAUAUGAAUCAUGAGACAUUUGAACAAACACAGAAUUAUGUUGCUAAUCAAUUACAGGGUGAUGUUACAGACAUCCGGUCAAGUACUGAAAUCAUCACCGCAGCAGGUAAUAAUGUAUCUCCUCAGAAGCGUUCCAGUGGUAAGCAUAAGAAGAGGGGUUCUAAGCGUCCUAAGGUAUCCUUAGAUAAUUUUGUGCUACUAAAGGUUCUUGGUAAAGGUAACUUCGGUAAAGUUAUACUUUCUAGAUCGAAGAACACGAAUAGGCUUUGUGCCAUUAAAGUUUUGAAAAAAGAUAAUAUCAUCCAAAAUCAUGACAUAGAAAGCGCUAGAGCUGAAAAAAAGGUAUUUUUGUUGGCUACUAAAACUAAACAUCCAUUUUUAACAAAUCUAUAUUGCUCAUUCCAAACAGAGAAUCGUAUCUAUUUUGCGAUGGAAUUCAUCGGUGGUGGUGAUUUAAUGUGGCAUGUGCAAAACCAGCGUUUAUCAGUCAGGAGAGCUAAAUUUUAUGCAGCUGAAGUAUUGCUUGCUCUAAAAUUCUUCCAUGAUAAUGGGGUUAUUUAUCGUGAUUUGAAACUAGAAAAUAUACUGUUGACACCUGAGGGUCAUAUAAAGAUAGCAGACUAUGGUCUUUGUAAGGAUGGUAUGUGGUAUGGUAACAAGACUUCUACAUUCUGUGGUACACCAGAAUUUAUGGCCCCAGAACUUUUGAGAGAACAAGAUUACACAAAGGCUGUUGAUUGGUGGGCAUUUGGUGUGUUGCUUUACCAAAUGCUUCUAUGUCAAUCACCAUUUUCUGGUGACGAUGAGGAUGAAGUGUUCAAUGCCAUCUUGACUGAUGAGCCAUUGUAUCCGAUUGAUAUGGCUGGCGAUAUAGUCCAGAUAUUCCAAGGUUUGUUAACAAAGGAUCCAGAAAAGCGUCUAGGUGCUGGUCCCCGCGACGCUCUUGAGAUUAUGGAGGAGCCUUUUUUCAGAAAUAUCAAUUUUGAUGAUCUAUUAAACCUACGGAUCAAGCCGCCAUAUAUCCCAGAAAUUAAAUCAGCUGAGGAUACUUCGUACUUCGAACAAGAAUUCACUUCAGCACCUCCAUCAUUGACACCGUUACCUUCCGUUCUAUCCACGACCCAACAAGAGGAGUUCCGUGGAUUUUCAUACAUGCCAGAAGAUCUAGAAUUAUAG